CUUUCCUCAGUGAAAUAGACAGAGCACAUUUCAACAGAAAUAAAGAAGUGAAGUGAAGCUGAAUUUCAUUCCAGGAUGAAGAUCCUCCUCAUCGUCACUCUCUACCUGAUCUCAGGUCCAGUAGACUGUUCUGAUGUGAUUGGUUACUCAGGAGGAAGUGUCACUAUAAUUUCUAACAUAAACUGGUAUGCACACAAUAGUAAAUAUAUUUGUAAGAUGGAAGGAAACGACUGCACUGAUAAAAUACGUGCUGAUACCAAACGCCACCAAGUUCAAGAUGGAAAAUUCAAGUUGUAUUCAAAUACAAAUAACUAUUUCGUAGUACUGAUCAGAAAGUUGAAGCCACAGGAUGCUGGAACAUACAGAUUUGGAUUGGGGAAUCAGAGUAACUCCACUGUGAACCUAAAAGUUCUUAAUAAUGCAGCUUGUGGGGUGCCAAAAAUAAUGAACGCUUAUCUUGGCCAGAAUAUCACCAUCACCUGUAACUACCCAGGGGAGUAUGAGAGAAACUACAAAUAUAUCAGCACAGUGGAUGAUGACAGUUGGAUUAAAAACCUUUUGAAUACUAACACAAACCUGAAGAACGGCAGAUUCUCCAUUUCUGAUGACAGAAAUGCAAAAGUUCUCCGUGUGAACAUCAGCGACGUGAGAGAAACUGAUGAAGUAUUUUAUUUACUUGGCGUGUGGAUUGGAGACGGGUCAUUCGGAUAUUACUCCUACUUUAUCGAGAUGUGGCUACAUGUUACAGGUUCCACUGCCAUCAUCAUCAGUGUGUGUGUCGGUGUGUGCGUGUGUCUGCUGCUGAUUGGAGGAUUUGCACUGGUGAUCUACAAACUGAGACAAAAGAGAACACAACGUUGCGUCUGA